AUGGCCAGUCCUACAUCAGGCAUUCCUCAGGUAAAUUACCUAGAGGUUUCCUUACAGGGCGAUAAGGAAGGCUCUUGUGACGUACGUGAGGCAGAUCGGAUCCAACUGGGAAUAACAAUGACAAUGGAUAUUGGAACGGAAUCGAAGGCAAAUAAGGGUACGGAUUUGGACAGGUUCCAAUUGAUUAUGUCGAAUGAAUCAGGUAACCUUUUGUUAACGUUAACGUUGUGCUGUUACAGAAGCGAAAGAAGAGUAUUAUUAGAUUUGAAGAAUAAAAUUGUACCAGAAAGUUAUGAUCCUGUAGCCAACAUUAAGGUUAUUAUCCAUGGGUAUUCUUCGCUGGACUUCAUGGACGAUGUUAUAGAUGGUUAUUUGGAACGAGGAAGAGACACUCUUUUAGUAGUGGAUUGGGAGACUUUAGCGAGCAAACCUUGCUAUGUGAGUGCCAAAAUGAAUACAAGACAGGUUGGCCGCUGCACAGGUGAAGCUCUAAGUGUCCUUAAACCAACUGGAGCGGUACACAUUGUUGGAUUUAGCCUCGGAGCCCAUGUGGCAGGGCAUGUAUCUAAUUAUUUGACGAACAACCAUGGAGUAUUGAUUGAUAGAAUAACUGGUCUUGAUCCAGCUUUGCCUCUUUAUGCAACUCCAGUUGAUGAAUUCAAAUUAGAUAAAAGUGAUGCUAAAUUUGUUGAUGUAAUCCAUUCCAAUCCAGGAAUGUUCGGUAAAGCUGAACCAUCUGGUCACGUUGAUUUUUAUAUCAAUGGUGCAUCCAUUCAACCAGGAUGCUACAAUGUUUCAAAUCCACCUCGUUGCAGCCACAGAAGAUCUGCCGAAGUGUUUGGAGAGUCCAUUAACAGUGUUAAAGGUUUUUGGGGAGUGAAAUGUGCAAGUUUUUUCUCUUAUUUAGCUGGAAUUUGUAAGCAAAUAAAAAACUCCCAUAAAAGAAUUAUCAUGGGAGAGUAUGCUAGUAACUCAUCGAGGGGAAUAUAUUAUGUAGAAACAACUAAGGAGCCUCCAUACGCUCGAGGUUUAAACUAAACAAUUUAAUGAAAACUUUAUUCAGUAGAUGUUUAAGGAAGUAUAUACAAAUCCAAAUAAGUCACUAGUUUAAGACUAGUUCUGCUGUUAGCAUGAGUUUUAAGAGCUGUGAUAUUUUAAUUUAUAAAUAACUAUUUCAUAGUAUAGGUUUAGAUGUAGAUGAUUUUAGUGGAAUAUGAUAGUUAAAUUAACCAAAGUAUAAAAAUAAACUGCUCCCCAAAAGAUGUUCUUGUAAGUUACCAAUUUUGUUUCUAAAUUCCAAUCUUUUUUAUUUCUCCUGUAGUAUACUUUAGGAUAUACCAAUUAUCUUUAAUUAUUUAAUUUUUAUUUUACCAUGAAUAUUUUUCUGAAAAAAUCCUAACAAAAUAUAUUCUUAUGCAAAGCUUUUGUUUAGCAGUUUAUAUUUGGGAGUAAAUUAAUUAAAUUUUAAAAUUAAAUUAAUAGGAAUACAGUCAUUUAACUAAAAUACAUUUUUGGCUAAGUAAUGAAUCACAAAUUUAUUCAUAAAGGUGAUGUCCUAGACUUUGGUUUUUCAUAAUAAUUUAUCAGAAAUAAUAACAAUAUGACUUUACAUUUACAGUUCUUGAACAUAAGAUUAAGGUUUUUUGUAUCCAUAUCUUUGAGUCGAAUAUUGCAACGGUUGAAUGGAAAUUUGUUAUAGACAUCAAUCAUCAAAGGAUUGCUAUUCGGUGUCCUAUUAGAGAGUUGAUAUAAAUAUAUUACAAAUAUAUUUAUAUAUAAUCAGAUUUAGAAUGAGUAAUUUUCAAUAGAUUUUUAUCUAUCAGUUUCUGUUCUAUCAAACAGUUUCCAUUUGUUGGGCUAUAACGUGUAAAAUAGAAAAUACCAUUUAACCUGUUGCUACUGUUUCACAUGAGCUCAUUCCGAAAUUGAGCAGAAGAAGAACACAGAUAAGAUGAAGUCUUACAGCAUCUUCUAAGCUGACAGCUUUUCACAAUAUUUUAUUUUUAAUGAAAGCUAAGCGACCACAAACAGUAGCCUUUGGUUUUGUUGCAGUUUUAUUUCGCCCCAUGUUUAGUUCCCCUCUUAAAUAUAACCAUUGUACAUAAUUACGUAUCUUGUACAUUGUUUUGUUAAGUAUCUACCUCUAAAGUGUGGGUUACCAUCUUCAGAAAAGACUCCCUCUAACUGUCUUCUGAAUUAUAAUAAUCACUUUCAAAAGUCUAUACGAUCUGAGGGAUUCUAGAUGUGCUAUUCACCUACAUGAAUUUCUUUAUUGUUCCAAAGUUGUCAUUUUCCUUCAUAACUUUUUUCAAAAUUUUAUGGCAUAUGCUUUGUAUGUCAUUUUUAUUGAUAUUUUCAAUAAAAAGUUGCUCAAGAGCAACUUGAGCUCACAAUCAGAUAGACAGAUAAUAAAAAAAUAAUAAAAUGUUGAUCAAGCCAAAUCAAAAUAGAUUUUUUAAUUCUUAAAAGAAAACAAACAUAAAUAUUAAAAUAGGGUUACAUUCAAAUUAUUAAUAAAUAGGAUACAUAACACUUUUAAAAUUGUUAUAUUUCAAUGAUAACUUUUUAAUUCUUGAUAUUUUCAUAUUGUGGUUUCAGAUCUUGGAUAUCUCAUUCCUGUAUAAUUUUUUGUUUUUAAUAUAGAUAUUUAUAAUUUCUAGAAGCAAAGGAAGCUGGAUUGUGCUGCGAAUACUAUGGUAUCCAUCAUAGAGGCACAUUUUCCAUUUUGGUUGGGGAAGGGCAAUGGACAUAUCGUCAUAUAAACGUCUCGGGAGUUUAUAUAAUUUUUUUAAAAAUUAACUUUAUUACUUUACUCACAACUGUCAGAAGUACUGACAAUUAACGUGUCUGCUGUCUGUAAAAUUACUGAUAGUGGCUUGAUCCGUGUGAGAGAAAGGAGUGCCUAGCGGAAUCCCUUCUGGAUUUUACUUGAGUAUAUUUUUAAGUGAGGAGAUCCCCAUCCAGCUUCUUUUGAGCCUUCAAAGUGUGUUUUCGGGCAUGUUAAUCGUGGCCAUGCCUUAUAUUAGUGUAUUACUAUGUCCAUGUAAGUUAUCAUGAAAUUUUUUGUUGUGAUAAUUUACAUAAAUAUUGUAAAAUGAACAAUAUAAUACUCUAUGUAAAAAUAAAUAUAUGUAUAACUAAAUAUUAGUUGUUUUUUAUAUGUUCGGAUAUGUUUAAAAAUAUGUUAACAAAGCAAUUGAAUAUAUUACAUAUUUUAUAUUUAUUUAAAGGAUAAUAUGAACUCUAAUUGUCCGAUGCAUCAAAUGUGAUAAAUCUUUACAUAAAAAUUGAAAAGUGCACAUGAAUGAAUCAUAAAAUCAUAGGAAAUGUUGCUGCAUAUUAUCUUUGAAUAUAAAAUUAAAUUUUAAUAAUAUAAACAGGGAGUGGUAAAACACUUGUGUACCUACUUCUAAGCCUUAGCUUAGCCAAUAGUCCUAUUUCCUUGAUUGAUUUUAGCUUAUAUAUUUUAUUCAUUUAUGUAGAUUAAUUGUUAUAUAUUUUGAUUUUAUUUCUUGUUCUUCUUAAUUAUUAGGGGAAGGGAGAGGGAGGGAAACGAUAUUCUCACCACUUCUUAAUUUUUAUUGGGGGGUGAUCGCUCCCUCCCUCAACCUCCUAAAGCCUGUGGUUUUCACUGUAGAGCAGCAAUUAUUUGAUAAGUGAAACUUCGCCAUACAAAAACUUUAUUUUUAUAUGUUGAUUUUAUUUUCAAUGUUAUUCUUUUCAUUUUUAAAGAAAUAAUUUCCUUUCUUAAGAUUUGUUGACUAUUCAAAAAGUUGGAAUGUGUGAAAUAAACUUACAAGUAUUAAGUCCGAAUAACACAGGUACAAUAUAUCAUUUAUGUCAGGUACGAUUUCUUUAAGAUAAGUUGCAGCCAUUUUGAAUAUUAUGAAGCAUAAGUAUAGUAAGGAGUCGGGAGAUUACAAACAUCAGAACUUGAUUCACUAAACUUUAAUUAAU